CGUCCAAAUAAGGUAUAUAAGGUGUCCUUGGAUAGCCCUUGAAGCCUAUUUUCAUAAUUGAGUGGCCUCUGUUCGAUAGGAGAGAGUAAUCAUCCAAAAAUCGAUCUGGAACGAGCAGUGGUCUGUGAACUCGAGCUGUGAGAGUACUGAGACUGUUUGGUUGAUAUCUCGAGUUUUACCAAUCCAAUUAAGGCGUGUGAGAUACCAAAAGAAAGAUCUCAAGACGAGGAAUCCGUGAAGGUCUGGUUUGCAUCAAUCGGAGUAGAGGAAGGCUUCCAAAUCGUCCGAGCAGAACGCGACCUCGCAGGAACGGAUUUACUCUUCUAAGAAACGAGUUAGCCGGAAAACACCCAUUCUAGGGGCUGUUUUCGUAUCAACGAUUAGGGGUUGAAAUAGCAACUUGAGGAGGCUGUUUAACACCCAUUUUCAAGCAAGGAACCAGUUCUCAAUCUUCCUUGGCCGUGGCUUUGGUCAUUGGAUCGAGAAGGAAAGUUUUAAAGCUCAUUUGAGGUGAGGACCGACAUCUAGUUGCUUACAACUUGUAGGUUAUGCAUAAGAUUACCUAAAUGCUUGAAUCAUGUUUUUGUAAAUAAAUAUGCUUGAACAUGAUAUGAAUGAUAAGUAAUGGACUUGAUCAUGAAUUGAAACCAUAUUGAUGAAUAUGGAGUUAUGUGAGAUAAAAGUAUGUUAAUAUGGAAAAAUGACUUUUCCAACUCAUGUAUGAAUGUUAUGUGUAGGUAAAUGUAUAAUUUCAUGAUGAUGCUUAGCACAUGGGAGGCUGCCACCUAUCUAUUGAUAUGGAGGGGCUACCAUUAAGAAUAAAUGAGUUGUAGGAAUAAUCUUAAUAGUAUUGUGAUGCUAGUUAAGGAUUGUUCUAAAUGUCGAUAGAAUCAAACUAAAGGUUUGAGUUGUUUGUGAUGAACUUGAAUAAGAUUCAAGUGUGAAGUGUGGUUUCAUGGAGUAGGAGAUCUAUGGUGUGAUUGUAUGAAGUAGGAGAUCUAUGGUGUGAUUGUAUGAAGUAGGAGAUCUAUGGUGUGAUUGUAUGAAGUAGGAGAUCUAUGGUGUGAUUGUAUGAAGUAGGAGAUCUAUGGGGUGAAUACAUGAAGUAGGAGAUCUAUGGUAUGAUUAUAUGAAGUAGGAGAUCUAUGAUGCGAGUGCAUGAUGAUGUACUCGAGCCGAACUCUAGAAAUGAGAAGUUGUAUUAGGGUUGGACCCUACGUAUGUCGUGACCAUUAGUCACGGGGUUUUGGAAAAUGUUUUAUAACAAACAUGGGCCUUUGAGCCGGCUACUUGACUUUAUAUAAAGUAAGUAUAUAUUUUGAAAGGGGUAAUUUGAGAUUACGGCCUAUACUAUAUUAUCACCCUAUUUGAGGGUCUUGUGUGUGAAAUACUUGUUGUAUAUCUAUUAGAUGCCUGCCACACCAGCACUUUAUAGCCCUAUAGAGUGCUGACCCCUUCGGGGGCGUCCCACCACCAUUUUUCAGGUUGAGGCUAGAGCUUGCUUCCUGUGCUCGUUGCUCGAGAGAUCAUAUAGGAGGGAAGACUUGGUUCGUGCUUCCUCCAUUCUGUUUUUAAACAUUAAUAAACAUGCUCAUGGAUAUUUUACUAUAGAGCCUGCGUGCUCAUGAAUAGCCAUGUGUGGCCCUUUUGUUUUAAACAAUGUUUUCCGCUGCGUUAUGAAUUACUUAUUAUGUUUGUUUAUGGAUGUAUAUGUGUGAAUGAUAUUCAAGACGCCUUGUAUAAUAUGAAUGUGUUGGACUGCGGUUGACUAUUCGUAUUGUACGGCGGGUUGUUGAUGUGUCCGGAUAGGUCCGGGGCGUGACACAGACGUACUGGGAUUUGCGGUCUAGACUGACGGGAAAGGCACUGGCAGAGGUGUUAAACCGGAUAAAGCCGGAUUGCAAUGCUCCUAUUGUAAAUUUUCCGGUCAUGAAGUGACCAAUUGUUUUGAGCUUAACGGAUAUCCGGAGUGGUGGGGUGAUAGACCCCGACCCGGGAUUAAAGGUGGCGGUCGUGGUCGUUCCACCACUUCUGGAAUGACGAGCAACUCUGGAGCACCCCACGGAAGACCGGUGGCGAAGGCUCAUGGUACCGUUGCAGCUGAAACCAAGCCGCAGCAGCAUCAUACCGAAGGCAGUAGCAGCCAGGCAGCUCCUCUGCCUGGUUUCACUCCCGAGCAAUGGAACUCCUUGUAUUCCGUGUUUGGUAACUCGCUCACUACUAACGAUCGCAUGGCCGGUACAUUUAAUAAUAAUGCUUGGAUUAUCGAUACCAGUGCUACAAAUCAUGUUUGUGGAAAUCGGUCCUUAUUAUGUCAUAUUAAAUUUGUUGACCCAUGCACUGUUGGGCUUCCCGGUGGACAGACUGUCUUAACUGCGCUGGAAGGGAGCGUACAAUUUACAAAUGAUUUAUUUUUAAAUAAUGUGCUCUUUGUUCCUAAGUUGCAGUGUAACCUUAUAUCUGUAUCUCAACUGAGUGAUGCGCUUAAUUGUUUCGUUCAAUUCACUUGUAAUAUGUGUGUUAUACAGGACCGUCCCUCGAGGAGGCUGAUUGGAACGGGUGAGCGGAGGAAUGGACUGUACUAUCUACGGGAGGAACCAAUGGCACAUAUAUUGGCAGUCAAAGAAUCAAAUAAUGUUGUUGUUGAACUGUGGCAUCAAGGGUUGGGACACCCAGCUUCUCAAGUGGUUGAAAAUUUGGCCCCUGUACGAGGUUUGAAGAAUAUUGGAAAUUUUCCUUGUGACAUUUGUUUUAGAGCUAAGCAGACUAGAGAACCUUUCCCUAUUAGUUUGAAUAAACCUAAAGACAUUUUUGAGAUGGUACAUUGUGAUUUGUGGGAUUGACGUGCACUUUGUCGUGUAUGCACUCAAAAUAAUAAUCAAUACGACACUAAUACGUAGUAUAGUGUAGUAAGGUUCGUAUCCACAGGGAAAGGACUAUUUUUCUUUUAUAUUAUAACUAGUAACAAAGGGGGGAUUUAGGUUUGAGUGAUUUAAUUUAAUUAAAUAUGAAGAUGAACGACUUAUAUGAGUUUAAUUAAUAGAGAUGGAGACUUGGUUUUGCU